CUUUACCGUUAAACAGAUUCUCAAAAUAAUAUUGCUUAUUUUUCACUUUUCAGACAAUAUGCCACAAACAUGCCGCUAUUCGUUUGGACCGAGUAACCAAGGCGCUGGAGGUGAUGGACCUUUGCUCGACCACCGGCGUCAUCGUCGAUCAACGGACAUUAGAUCCUCUUGUCUGGACAGCGUUUGGUGAUCACAAUCGAUUAGUGUUUGGCUCGGUGGUAGUUACUAUCGAAGUCAAUCGCCCAAUCACAUCCACCGGCCAGCAAGAGGAGCUCUUCCUGGAUGAAGACUCUAUGGACGUUAUCGAUUGCAGUAUAGAUGAAUCACUAGUAGCUACCUCGAGAAAAGCGCCAACAACAACAUUACAAAAUGAAUCACAAAGACCCUUCGCCGCCAUUCACAGUUCGGCACCCGUCCGCACCGCCGCAGAAUCAGCACACGAUGCCAAAGAUCGUCGCAGUAGUCUUUUUGUCGCAGAAACCCAACAGCUCGAUACUAGUUCCCGGUCAAGGGUUGCUGAUGAAAUGUUGUCGAAGUCCAAGGAAGAUAAUGUUGCAAAACAGCAAGAAGCAACGGUCGCAAGGCAGUUUCACUUCGAAGAGGAUGCCAGCUUUGAUGAUUUCUUUAUUCCCGAAACGCAACAAGCGGAAGAAGAUGUGGAGAAUCCCCUGCCGAAAAAUGGUUCCAGCGAUUCCACAGUCGGUGUUAAAGCGUCGGGUCAUGCUGUUUCGGAGAGCAAUAAUACUCAGGAUGAGGAAUACAUUCAGCUGACCGCGAUGAACGAUAAUGAUGAUACCAAUAGCAAUGAUGCGCUUUUUAACAACAAAUACGUCGAAGCAUCACAAAAUCUGUUGGAUUCAGAAGCGGGCGCGCUAUUCAAUUGCGGUGUAGCGAAUGAUGCCGCUGUUUGCAAGCGUGUUGGAUCCAUACUUCCCGAUCGCUCGGUCGAUUCGAUAUCGUUUAUCGAACAUCGUCACAAUACGACUAAAGAUAUGAGCCCCAUCGAAUGGAACGAAUCUCGAGUAGCAGAGAAUCACGAUCAAUUGCCGUUAAAUGGCACGGUCACGAAAACUUCAACCGCUGUACCGUCAGGUGUGCAAGCAAUUGCCGAGCCGGAUGAUCGGUCGAUUACACCUGAGCUGAACUUUGAUAAGCCAUCGGAGGGAAACGAUGCUGGACGUAGUGGAUCGACAACACCUGAUCUCCUGUUUACAAACAUUCCCCAGCCGGUCCAGGCCAGUGUAGACAUUGCAUCCAAGGAAUCGCAAAAGAAUUCAAGGGAGACCCCAACAAUUGAUUUUGCUGGAGAACAAGAAGAUCAGGAGUCGUUGGAGAUACCUCGGAAUCAGGAAGGUUCGCUGCCUCAACAACCAAAGUCACCUCUUGCAGCGAUUGGUGCUUACAAUCUUGAAACACAGGCGUUGGAAGUGGAUGAAGCGGGGAUGGCGCCUGAUGAAGAUGCGUACAACAUGUUAACCCAACCUAUCAGUAAAACGGUUUCAACGUCAUUCGCAAUGCCACGAGUUCCAGUUCGUGUUUCAUCGUCAUCAGUGAACAGGUCGUGCAUAAGACUACAAGAUACAAUUGACGAGGGUGAUUUACUUACGCAACCGCUAAGUCCUCCCAGAUUUGAUAUGGCGGCAAAAGUUACGAGUAGUGUAAGUGUGAAGGCUACAGUACAUUCGGCAAUGGAUGUGGAUGAUCUAGUGACUCAGCCACUAAGUCCACCGAACCGUUCCCGAAAAGCAAAUUUGGAAAAGAGCAAAUCAUCGCCGGCGAUUAAUGAAGACGAUCUGGCAACCCAAGCUCUCAGUCCUCCCAGAUGUGUUCCACUGCCAAGACGAGUUGCAGUUAAGAAUGUCCAAAGGAAAAACACUUCCGUCUCUGAACAAAGUAUAUACGAUGUACAGACGCAACCCAUGGCUCCUACACCAAGCAGCAGCUGCAAAUUGAACAGGAUGGUGCCUUAUGUUGUGCUGACGGACAUCAAACAUCUCGGGUUGGUCAAGAAAAUGGAGCAUGACCCAUAUGAAGUUGCUACUCAACAGUUGUUGGAGAAUGUGCACGGGAACGUGUAUGAUUUACAAACACAACCCCUGCUAGGAACAAGUAAGGUGGCUGGAAACGGGAGUUUGAGCGAAGAAAACAGGACGAACGUAGAUGAUGCAGACUGUACGGUACCGUUGGUGAUUGAAUCGCAGUAUCUAGCUGACAAAGAUGAACCCAACGUGUCUAUGUUCAAUCCUCAAAUCAAUAGCACUGUUCGCCAUUCACAGAUUUUCCAGCGACCUAACGAUUGUGUGCAGAAGAAUUUGGAAAUAUCACCUUCGUCCAACAAAGAGAACCGAACGGGUGAUGAUCGUUCUGGUACCCGCAGUGAAAGUGACGAUGAUACUGAUGUCGAUGAUAUCUAUCUGGCGUCAACGUUGCCGAUUGGUGAGCUGAUCACUAGCAAAAGUGAUUCCAAAGCAAAGACGAUGAAUCCAAAAACUGUCGGGAAAAGCAAACACGCCGAUGCGUUGUUCCAAGUACCGGCCAAAGUAGAAAAUACACCGAAAGCGCCAAAACGUAAGCCUUCCGAUUUGGAAGAGUUUCUCACUCCGGAACAUCCUCUGUUAGCUCUUCCCAAACCGGUCAAUAUUCUGUCAACGACGAAUGACAUUGCGGAAAUGGCGAUACGAAAUCGUUUCCCGAACAAAGCUAAACUCCAGUACCCGUUCGGCGAUGGUAGCAGCAGUGAGGACGAUUCCAAUGAUAAGGGCAUAUUUAAGAAGACCAACAGAAGUAAAGAAUUCGAACGGGAGCUCGAGAAGGCGAAAGAAGAUUCAGCACGGAUUAAGCAGCUUCAGAAAGAGGCUAGCGCGAAAAGCGGUCCGAUUAAGCACAGUCGUUCCAAACGCAUCGACGUCAAAGAACCAGUUAUGGAAGGCACUACAGAGGAUAAUCGUGCUAGUAAAUCAUCGAGUAGAAAUAAAGCUACAAAAGCUACGAAGAAGGAGAAGGAAGACGGGACGGCACGAAAAGAGCGAAGCGUUUCAAAGGAAAAGGAAACCAAACCAAGUCGAACAAGGUCAAUGAACAAUGCCAGGCCAGUAUAUAAAGAGGAGAGCAGUAGCGACAACGAGGACGGCGACGAUAAAACGAAAGUUCCUGUUCGUAGCGGUCGCGUUAUCGAUCGCGAGAAACCGAAAGCGCGGGUGGAUCAGUCAGUUGAGUACUCAGGGACCAACGUUACAACCGAGAGUCUUCCCAAAACACGCGGACGGAAAAGAAAGGAUGUUUCGACUGACAAAGAAAGAGAUGUACAGUCGGAACCGAAGGCACCAACGAGGGUAUCGAAACGCCAGAAAGCUGCCAACCCACGGUAUAAGGAUGAAAGCGAAACAACGUCGACAAGAAGAGUGCACAGCAAGGUAGAUAGUUCGGUUCCAAAUGGGAAACCUUCUUCAAUUCUGUUCGGGGAUAUGCUGAGUGGGUAUAGCAGCUCAAAUAGUGGUUCGGCGAGCGAUGGAUCUAAACGGUCGACACGUGCCGCAAGCAAUCGAGCCAUGAUCAUGUUUACCAGGAUCAAUGAUAAGCUGUACAGAGACAGUGUCCUUCGUGCUGGCUGCAAAGUAGUGGACAUACCGGAGAUGGCAACAAUCCUGGUGACGGACCGUGUUGCUCGUACGUGCAAAUUUCUGUGUGCCGUCGCCAGAGGAAUACCAAUCGUGGGACAGUCGUACUUGGACGCAUUAAAGGCCGUCAGCAAUGGCAGUGACGUCGGGGCAGCUGUCGAUCCGUGGCAGCAUAUCUUGUUAGAUCGGGAGUCGGAAAAGCGGUACAAAUUCGAUCUACACCAAACACUUCUGAAGGCGCAACAAGCUAAACUCUUAAGCGGGUACACCGUUUUCGUCACCUCAAACGUACAUCCGCCCGCUACAGAGAUCUUCCUGAUGCUUUCCUGUGCUGGAGCGAUACCAUUGAAGAAUCCCAGCAGUAGUAGGGCGCCUAAAGAUGCCCACAAGACGUUCGUUAUUUCCUGUCCCGCUGAUGCCGUCUCGUGGGAGAAGUAUAGGGAAAAGUACCCGACAAUAGAAAUCGUUUCGACGGAGUGGCUCAUGUGCUCGCUAAUGCAAUAUUCGAUUUCGUUCAAGAACCAUCGAUUACUGUAAAAUGGCGAGGGCGCUAUUAGGGCACGUUGUGUGCCUCAUAAUUUUGUUGCAGUUUUUAUUUCGACUUAGUUUUCACUCGGAUUGACGUGACGUAGUACAUCACCAUUUUAGAAUUGUUCACACCAGCACGUGUCUAUGUGCCGUGUAUGUUUGUGGUAGCGCUCCCUUUAAUGUUAUAUUUAAAUGGUUACAUUUCUGGUUCUUCUGUUUGAGUUGCCAAUAAAAUCCAUGCGGGAGCUGGCUUGCAUCAAGCCGUUGGAUUUGAAUCGAA